AUGGCUCUGCCUUUCCGACAAAAGUUAAUACUUGUUCUCACCUUUGGUGUCGCUAUUUUUGUGAUCCUACUGCACGUCAUUCAUAUUGUUGUUCGUGAGCGUACCGCCAUAUCAGCGAUCAAGCAAAACACCGCAACUACUAUAGGGGAUAUUAAAACCGGAGAUUAUACUUGGUCUUCUGCAGGCUCAUUCAUAUGGGCCACCGUGGAAGUCAAUACAACUCUGGUUUGUGCUUGUGUUCCAAGCCUGAAACCUCUCGCGGCUCGGUUCAGUCCAUCUCUACUCCGGAACGCACGGGAAAAGUCUCAAAUGGAGAAUGGAGAGUUCAAAACAUCCCCACAGCCGAGCGGACGCGAAAAUGUUGCGGGUGAGAUGAUGGAUGUCAUCACGUCUCGUCCGACAGAAGGAGCAGAAACUGCACAGAUUCCUGAGGGAGAAUCUGGUGAUUCAUUUGAAGAAGAACCGCCAAUCAUCAACGUACUGAACAAGAGGCCGGCGUCGAUGCCGAAACUGACUAAGAAGGAAUCUUUUCCUCCCAAUGUGCUAAUCUCAGCAAUAUUCUUUUUAUGGGGGUUUUCAUAUGGCCUCAUCAAUAUCCUUGAUCUCGGAUUCAAAGCCGAGGUUCAACAGAACCCGUGGGAGCUAAGGGGACUUCAUGCAGCCUAUUAUAGCGGCUACUUGCUAGGAGGCGUCUUACUAGCCCGACUAUUCUUGAAAAGACUGGGAUUUGCAGGGGCUAUCAUCGGUGCUCUAUAUAUAUACGCCUGUGGAGUACUUACUUUCUGGCCUUCAGCUGUUUUAGCAUCCCUGCCGACUUUCAUCGUAUCCAAUAUUGUGGUAGGAACUGGGCUAGCGGUGCUAGAAGCAGCAGCAAACCUUUUCGCUGCUAUUUGCGGACCACUCGAGUACUCAGAAAUACGACUAUGUAUCACCCAGGCCAUUCAGGCUAUUGGCAGUGUUUCUGCUAAAAAAUUUGCCCAGAGAGUCUUAUUCAAGGACCCUAACAAUGCUACGGAUAUAAUUAGGGUACAGUGGACAUAUCUAGCUAUCGCUUUCCUCACUGUACUUCUUUCAGUUCUCUUCUAUUACCUGCCUCUUCCUGAAGCGCCGAACGACGAUUUAAGGCAAUUAGCUGCCCAGCGUCCUGAAAAUACAACUAAACUUUGGACUAUGCCAACCUGUUAUGUCACCAUGGGAAUAGGAAUCUGGUCACAACUAUUCUAUGUCGCAGGGCAAGAAGCACAUAAUGUCAACUUUAAUGACUAUUUGGUCUUUUCGAGACCAAGGUCACAGCUCACUCCAACCGAUUUUCAAUCCAUCGGAAAUGUCCUAUUCGUUCUUGGUCGUCUCUUAGUGCCCUAA